GAGGCGCAACCUUUCUAUUCAUGGCGCCCCGACGCGUCCGGGCACAGUCGCAACUUUGGAAGGCUCCCCUAAGUGAAUUCUUUUCUCAUAUACACAUUGUAUGGUUUUAUUACUCUACGCACAUGACUGCGACUUUUAAAAAUUCUUUUAUCCAUUUGCGACCAAUAUUAUCAACUUAUAUCAACGAUUAUCAAUGUUUAGUGUUCUUUAUUGCCCUGGAAACAUCUUCACUGUGAUUUUAGUUUGGAUUUGAUGAUUGUCCUAAGAAUAACCAUGGGAUACGACUGGAAUAAGAUGUUCACUUUACUUCUGAUUUUAUUGUUGGGACUAACGGCAUAUUACAUUUCCAGCAUCAGCGAAGAUGGUGUUCGAAGUAGAGUCCGACACUUGGGAGACAGGCCGACUCCGUUUAGAAUUGAACCCGACCAGAUUAUAACACGAAACACAACAACAAACGCAAUGGAGACAGGUUUGGUUUUCUGCAAUGACACACGACUGAUGCCAAAAGGGACAUUCCCACCUAUAUCGCUGGCUAGCUUUCCCGGGUCAGGUAAUACGUGGGUUAGACAUCUCAUAGAGACUGCAACUGGUUAUGCCACAGGAAGUGUGUAUACGAGCCCAAUACUUAGUAGCCGAGGUUUUAUAGGCGAAAUGCAACCAGCCCUUUCAGGCAGGGCUCUGACAAUCAAGACACACAUGUUCAAUGAGAAUACGGUCGGUGCUAUUUUACUUGUACGCAAUCCAUAUCGAGCGAUGAUAUCUGAGUAUAACAGGCAGAAAGCUGGCAAGACGGGACAUGCCCGUGAAAAAACAUUCAAAACAGCAGAGUGGCGUAAAUAUGUCAGGGGAAACUCUCGUCGUUGGCUCGGGCUAUAUAGAGCUUUCAUCUCCAAAUGUCACCAUUCGGGCAACACCUGCAAGUCGACGUUGAUCGUGUAUUACGAGCAACUCCAACUGCAUCUCAAGGACGAACUGCGACGAAUCCUUGAAUACUUGAAUAUAACCAUAGAUGAAGAAAGGCUUGCAUGUGCAGUUACGAAUGCAGAGGGUCAGUUUCAUAGACCAAAGAGAAAUACAACCUUUGAUCCAUUCUCAAAGGAAGACAGAAGUUUGGUGGACAUAUCUUUGAAUUUGUAUCGCGAUUUGAUUGACCUGGAAGGAUUAGAGGAACCACCGUCAUCGCUUAGUUCAUAUCCGAGUGAUUUAUAGAGUAACUCCCACUAAUUGACUUAAUUGAUUUAUUUAUUUGUGUUUCGAUACUGUAAGUAUUCCUGUAUAAUCAUUCAUCAUUCAUCUUUUGACACGAGAAAUCAUGAUUAUCCUUUUAUUCAAAUUUUCUCAUUUUGGUAUUAGAGGAAGGGCUAAGGAGUGGUACAUUGUGGAACCAGGGCAUGUGAGUUCCCUGGUGGAACUAUGUAACAGGUAUUUAAUACCUAUUAGGUAUUAGCAUAUUAGUAAUAUGCUUUUGUUAUAGCAGCGAAUCUCACAUGGAAGAGAUCACAUGUGGCGUAACACAAGGAUCACUACUAGUUCCCCUAUUUUUCACUUAGUAUAUAAACAAUGUUAAAGUAUCUUCUAACAUGUUAUCAUUCAUUGCCAUAAUUAUGAAUGAGUAUUGAUCCUAACGAAGAUAGUUUUGUUUUAUUACUGAUGCGUGACUAGCAUCAAGGGACCGUCUAUGAGACAUGAAGGCUGGCCAGUGAACCAAGGGGAUAUUUGUAUAAUUGUGCAUUAUUUCAGCUAGAUACUUGCUCUGUGCUACUGGUAUCCCCUUGAGCCAGGGAUGAAUUUAGAAAAUGCUGUAGAAACUGUUCGCCCUGUUGACCCUUGCUAGAAAGUGGUAUUUUGGGCGGGAAUGAAAGAAUGAAGUUCUUUAGGAUGAUGCGCUUGUUAAGAAACUUAUAAUAUUAUCAGACUGUCUAGUAGUAGUAUGGGAUUGGUUGAUGUAAUAUUGUAAUUGAAGACCUGCAUAAUCACAGUGUGAAACUCAUUAUAUCAUUGUUUGUUAGAAAUAUAAAAAUUAAGGCUAAAUGUUAUUGUGAAUUAUAUUUUUUUUUUCUCUCUCUCUCUCCUUCUCUCUGUAUUGUUUACCCCCUUCUCUUUCACUCUUAGAUUACUUUGUAUGUAAACAUCAGAUUAUUAAAUUUAGUAAACUAUUGUCUGUUAAUUCGAUAGAAUAUGAAAUCGAUGUACAUGUAUGUUUAGAUGAGAUUAUAGUAAGAGGAAAUCAUAACUGUUUGUGAGUUCACUAGUAAUAUACAGUAAUUAGUGCAGACAAGGACUACUUGCUAGUCAUGUGAAUAUCGUAAAAGUUUAGAAAAUAAGUGUCUAUAUGUGUCUUUUCAAGCUCAGUAAUCUCGCUGGAAAAGGAAGUAUUGAAUCAAAGUGAUACAGAUGACUAUUGUAUAAUAUAUGAAUAGUUUAGGAAGUGUUACGAGUUUAUACAGUACAAUUGUGAAUACCUGAGACAAAAAAAGGCUUGUUAAUUCAUGGAUUAGUGAAGCCUCAGUCUCGGAGCGUAAAGUAUAGGAACCUCAAAAGACAAUAGUAUGGGGAUGAUUAUGCUAACAUUCUUGUAUCAUGUCUAUAUGAUUCUUAAUGGAGACGCUAAGUGGUGGGUUUUAUAAUUAGAAGCUAUGGUAAAUUGAAUGAUAUAUCAAUGUUAUAGACAUUCCUUGGCUAAGUUAUUUGUAGCCAAGUAAUUAUUAUGAGAUACAAGAAGAGUGAUAAUGCGCUUGUAAAUAAAGCAAGGAAGUAAGGAAAG